AUGUAUAGGCCUGUUGAGAGAAUAGCAGAGAUCAACGAUGAAAAAGAGCUUUGGAAGAUUGCUGUUAGGAUUCACCACAGGUGGAAUGUUGUGUCUAACAACAAGGAACAUUUUGAAAUGAUCUUUGUUGACAAAUUGGGAGAUGAUAUUCAUGCUGUUGUUCCAGCAUCGCAUGUGUCGGUGUUCAACGAAAAAUGCCUAUUAGGGCAUACCUAUACUGUAUCUAAUUUUAAGGUCGUGCCUUAUGUUCUGGCGUUCAAGGCAUCAGGACACAAAUAUAUGACUGAGUCUUGUGCAAAGAAACAGCAAAUUAGCAUGGUGUUGCAUGACCACAGCAACAACAUGUUGAACUGUACUCUCUGGGAGUCAUAUGCGGACCAGUUCAUCACGUUUAACAAAGAUAGGGUUGCUAUAUCACUUCCUACAGUUGUGUUGCUUCAGUAUGCCAAAGUGAAAGAAGAAGGAAAGUAUCCUCUGUUUGUGACAAACACCUACAAUGUGACCCUUUUAUGUGUUGAUGCUGAUUUCCCUGUCAUGAAAGACUUUAUUGAAAGAAUGCUUGAGGAGAGCAGAGUAACCCUGUCUGAUCAACUCGGAGGAAAUUCCCAAUUAUCCUCCCAGAAUUCUGAAAAUACUCAGCCGAAUCCUGUGCAAAAAUUGUUGUCCAAGGCUGUUGUUUUACCUAUUGAUGAGAUUAUUCAACUUAAGGAUAUUACAUUUUGUGCUACUGUCGCUACAACAAAAUUAUUAGUCGCGUCUCCAUUUGGAUGGUACUACCGUGCCUGUCAUAUGUGUCAAUCUAUAGCACGUGGCGACAAACCCCCAUUUGAGUGUGAAGCUGGUCAUGAAACCAUGGCUGAAGUCCUUAGGUAUAAGAUUGAGAUUGAGGUUACUCAUGGGGGUAAAAGUUGCAAUUUUGUGUCAUGGAACAGAGAAUGUAAAAUGCUCUUGGGUUUAUCUGCGUCUCAACUUCGUAACACUCUGAUCAAGGAUGGAAUUACUGAUCCAUUGGAUUUCCCGUUAGCACUUGAUCAGUUGUUGAAGUGA